UUUUUACUUCAUACCACCGCCCCCCUUGGUUCCUUGCCAUUGUUCUUGUGACGCUGGCUAAAGGAUUAAUUUUAGUUUUUGCUGCAUUAGAGCACCACUCUAUUUUCCAAGCUGAUCAGAUCAAGAGAUUUUAAAAAAAUUUCCAAGGACAAAAAUAAUGGGGGGGAAACGUGAUCAGCCCACGAGCCUGAAGAAAAUAUUGGAGCUUGACAUCACAGCUACAAAUAAAUUUUGCAGUUGGGCCAACAACUUCACAGCGCUUAAAACUUUGAGAAACCAUGCCACCGGAUUAGAGAUUUCAUGCCAUGGGAUACCUUGGCUAUGUUGCGUGUUGAUGCUCAUGUGGUUUUCUUCCAAUCCUGAAACUCAGCAUAUGGCAAUCAACCUAUUACUUGGCUUGAUCUUGGACAUUGUCCUGGUGGCAGUAAUUAAAUCAGCUACCCGAAGACGCCGUCCGGCAGCAAACCCGAAUGAAGGAUCUGUCAUGAUGAUAGGUCCGGACAAGUUUUCGUUUCCCUCAGGACAUGCUUCUCGAGUGGUGUUCCUCGCAUGCUUUUUCAUACACCUUUGGCCUCUUUCAAUCAUCUUUUAUCCUCCUCUUGUAGCUUGGGCUACUGCUGUAUCUAUAUCUAGAGUUCUUAUGAGGCGCCACCAUCUGUUGGAUGUCGGAGCAGGCAUCUUCCUUGGUUUGACUGAAGCUCUGUUAAUGUCCUUGUUGUGGAUUUCAGAGAGCUGGGCUGAAUACAUUUAUUCAAAAUUGUCUGAUGAAGCUCAAGAGGGAAGCAGUUUUGAUGUAUAAAAGUAACACGCUUAGAAUUUAACCAAAGUCCAAUUUGUUUGUGAUUAUGAUUAACCAAACUAUGCUAUACAUUUUAUUUAUUAUGCAUGCAUGGAUUUACUUACAUUACAGGAUUUACUUGUAGUUCAGAGAGCCAGUUCUAAGUUAAUUACUUUGUUGUGGAAUUGUUAUUUCAAUUUUUGCUCAUUCGUCAUUUGCUGCCAUGUAACGAUUAAUCAAUCCAAAGAGAAUAAAAUAUAAAGAUUUCUUACUUUAUCAA